AGUAUCCAAUCUAAUCAAAUCUCUCGAUCUGGGUUUUGCAAAGCUUUAUAGGGUUUAAGAGCAAUGGCGCUCUGAGCUCCAUUCCAUCCUUGUUACUUCUUAGACGACUUUGUCUAACUUCAGAUUUAGUCAGAAGCUGAUUUGUGAUUUGAGAUGGCGACAACAGAGCAGAGCGGAAUAGAAGGUCAGGAGAACCAACCAAACCAAGUGGCUCCUGGUUUUGUAGGAGCAAUUGAAGAACAAUACAAGAAACUCAAAGAUCACGCUGAAGCUUAUCCAUAUGUUUGGGGUUCUUAUACUGUUGUCUAUGGCGGUCUUUUCCUUUGGACAGCUUAUAGAUGGAGGAAGCUUAGGAGAACCGAGGAUCGAGUUCGUGGUCUUCAGACAAAACUUCGGAAACUUGUUGAAGAUGAACAAUCAGCAGUAACAGCUUCUAAAUCUGCUCAAUCAGUGGAAAAGUCAUCUUCAAUUUCUGACAAGAAAACGUCUUAAUCAGUAGUUUAGAAUCGAAACCAUUGUCUCUGUUAAACUUUUGACAAGGUUAGUUUCUUCCAACCGAAUCAAUAUUCCCCGGGUUAAUCUGUUUUGUCAGAAUACUUUUGUUGGUUAUCCACAUAAAAUUCAUGUACAUGAAUGAAGAAGAAGAGAAAACAUUGAAAUGUUGAACCGCUAAGAAGUCAUUUUAUGCACUGUUGUUCUAGCAGACA